AAAUACGAUUAUCUGGUCCCACGUGCUGAUACACAAAAACGUGCCGAACAAGAGGCUGCGGAUAAACGUGCGGCGACGAUUACUGUAGAUUCGACGAUGCGGGCGGUUCGGGAAAGGAUCACACAGCGGGAACUUAAUUACGAUUAUCUGGUCCCACGUGCUGAUACACAAAAACGUGCCGAACAAGAGGCUGCGGAUAAACGUGCGGCGACGAUUACUGUAGAUUCGACGAUGCGGGCGGUUCGGGAAAGGAUCACACCGCGGGAACUUAAUUACGAUUAUCUGGUUCCACGUGCUGAUACACAAAAACAUGCCGAACAAGAGGCUGCGGAUAAACGUGCGGCGACGAUUACUGUAGAUUCGACGAUGCGGGCGGUUCGGGAAAGGAUCACACAGCGGGAACUUAAUUACGAUUAUCUGGUUCCACGUGCUGAUACACAAAAACAUGCCGAACAAGAGGCUGCGGAUAAACGUGCGGCGACGAUUACUGUAGAUUCGACGAUGCGGGCGGUUCGGGAAAGGAUCACACAGCGGGAACUUGUACGAAAAGUGGAAAAUGAUACGCCAAAGAAAAGUGCACUGAUUUUUGAUAUUCGAUUAAAUAUAUCUCGCGAAAUGAUACCUGAAAAAAUCGUUCAUUUUGAAGCUGUUGAAAUUGCACCUCAAGCACCAAACGAAAGGUUUGCAAAUCCCGCCCAAAAAGUAGGCUCCGGAUUUUCAACUACUGCUAAGAAACCAGAACCUAUUGUUGGAACUGGAUUCUCGUUGGCUUCGAGAACGGAAUCGCCAAAACCAAAUUCGACGGUCGUAGGAAAGAGAUUCCAACGGCCUCAAACUCCAAAACAAAAUACAAAAGUGGUGGGAAGCGGAUUCCCAUCUCCACAAAAACAGGUAACCCCGGCAAACAACAAUAAAGUUGCUGGCUCGGGAUUUCCUAAACCUCCCAAAAAGGAGGAAAAAAUCGUUGGUACUGGAUUCCAACCACCGAAAAAAGAUAAAAACUCUGAAAAGCAAGGACAAAUUGUUGGCGAAGGAUUUACGACUUCGCAAACAAAAGAGGAAAAGCAGCGGGCCGUUGUCACAAGAAUUGACGAAAAACGACCUGGUUUAUAUUACUUGUGGAAUCUCGAUUCAAAAACUGAAGGAUUGUUCAAAACUACAAAGUAUGUUUUGGCACUGGGUCAUCACUUUGAAGGAACUUUCCAGAAACAGGAAGAUGGAAGAUGUGUUUGUAAAGAGUACAUAAGACAAAUAACUGAGCUUUUGCACGGCGGCAUCAAUGAUAAAGAGAAACUUUUUUUGACGGUUAAAAUAACCAAAUUUACACCGGCAGGAGUCAAUCAAAAAUUCUCAACUGGAACAGCAAAGUACAUCGGAGAAUUGCUGGAAGGACGCACUGAUGAAACUAAAUUAACUGCUGGAUGCAUAGGAAAAACCGUCAAGAUUGAACGCCGUAGAGUUGGAGAGAAGGACUAUGUUUGGAUGGUUACCAAGAUUUUGUAACUAGUUACAAUAUGAAUAUCAACAUUUCUAACUAACUUCAAUUCCUUUUUUGACUUUUGAUUCUGAAUUUAUUGUGUUUUAAGGCAACAUUCUAUUUUCCGGAAUUUAUUUAUGUUUGUUUUUUCAUGUUUAAUUGUGAAAGUAAGCGAUUUUUCAACCUCGUCAAUCUUUUCUAUAUUUAAAAAAUGAAUUAAGUUAAUCAA